GUGGAAAAGCAGAGUGCUUAAAAAUCCACUGUACCUUUAUUCUCGGAGUGGCCCAUUCUAUCUUGGGGUUGACACAUUCUUCCUGAUCAGUGGUUGGCUAAGCGCAAGGUCAUUUCUAAGGAUGCAUCAGAAUUCGGACAAAGGAACAACCCUUAAUGUCAUCCUCAGAUACUUCCUCAGCCGCCUUACAAGGUUGCAGCCCCUUCACAUGUAUUCGGUGUGCUUGCUGGCUGGAUUGUUCUCUCUUGUUCCCUGGGGACCCGUCUGGGAAGUGCCCAAGUUCCACGUGGAUAACUGCCGGCGAGUGUGGUGGACGAAUCUGCUGUUGCUAAAUAAUUUCCUGUGGGUCCAAAACGCGUGUAAUGGCUGGACGUGGUACCUGGCCAACGAUUUUCAGUGCCAUCUCAUCACGCCGGCGAUCGUCCUCAUCCACAGAAAAAGUAAACAUGUCCUUGUCCUCCUCGGGGCCAUGCUGUUCUUGGCAUCUUUCACUGCCACAGCUCUGCUCACCCUGGCUUACUCCCUUCCGGUCGCAGCUCCGUCAGAAGCAAGUGAAAACGUGACUGUGUUGUACUUCUCCGAGUACUACACGAAGCCCUACUGCAGAUUCGGACCAUUCCUCGUGGGGCUCUUUCUGAGCAUUUUCAUGCACCAAAACCACCAGGCAAACAUUCUUAAAACCAAGACGCAGGCCCUGCUGGGGUGGACUUGCUCCCUGGCCACCCUGUUCGCAGUGGUCGCUCUGGCGUAUGCAGUGGAUGAUGCUUCUGUCACCUCUUCACCUGCCGUUGCUCUGUACCAGGCCCUCCACCGGACCCUGUGGGCGGCAGCCGUGGGCUGGGUCCUGUUGGCAUGUCAGGAAGGCUAUGGAGGGCUGGUGAACAGGCUCCUCUCCUGCCACAUCUGGGCUUUCCUGGCCAGCAUCAGUUACUCCUGCUACCUGGUUCAUCCGAUCCUCAUCAUGCUCUACAACGGCCUUCAAGAAACGCUCCUUCACUACAGCGACACCAACAUGUUCUACCUUUUCUCUGGACACUGUUUGCUGACCUUCAUCACUGGGCUGGCCCUGACACUGUUCGUUGAGAAACCAUGUCAGGAGCUGAAGCGGUACCUGUUGGGACCAGUGCCUGCUGGGCCAUGAACAUUCUGGUAAAACCCUAGAGAAUGACUGGGUUUUUUUUCUGCUGGCAAUGAGCUAAAGUAGGCAGGGACUCAUUUAUGUAACAAACGCUUGUGUUCCCGAAAAGGGGUGUGGAUUCUGAUUUGGUGAAUGCUGAAGAUAUACAAGUUCUCUGUGCUUAAUGCAUCAAAGAGUUCUGAGUGUUUAUGUACUAUAUAAAAGAGUUCUGUGAUAGCCUGUUGGGUAGCACAAUAAUCACUCUCUGAUGUACCUUUUUAGAAAAAAACAACAAACAAACAAACAAAACCAAAGAAAAACAAUCUAGAUUUGUGAUAUCUGGUUCGGCAUGUACGUUCUGUACCAAUGAUCGUAGGAAAACAUCAAAUCUAGUGAAUUUAAUGAAACUUGGGUUAUAAUCACAUUUCUUGGUGAAGUCACAGUAUGUAGUUUUUCA